UCUGGCUGUCCACAACUUCAACUAUUUACAAAGAAGCUUAGGAGUUUCAGCACACAGAAUUGCUCAACUAUGCCGGCAGAAUCCGACAAGGGUUCGCCAAAUCUAGAGCUACUACCAUCACCACCAUGUCUAGAUCCGAUCUCUCCUAGCAUCCAUUCGCCGUAUGGCUUCCCUUUGUUGGAAAACCUUGAACUAAGUGACUGCAAUCUAUCAGAUGAAGAUCUACAUAUCCUUAGUUGCUUUUCCAACCUCGCAUCCUUAGACAUUUCUAGAAACCAUUUUCUAACCCUUCCCAAAUGCUUCAAUAGACUUUGUAGCUUGCAGGAGCUUUACAUGGCUAACUGCAUGAAACUUCAACAUAUUUCUGGGAUUCCUCCCAAUUUAGAACACAUAGAUGCUACUAGUUGCACCCGUUUGGAAUCACAAUCAUUGGACUUCUUAUUAAGCCAGGGUUUCUCUAAGGCAUUCAAAUUUGAGGUUAUAGCACCAAGGCCAAAGAUGAAAAUGCCAUUCAACUACCAGAGUGAAGGAGGAUCUAUCUCAUUUUGGAUUGGCCAGAAAGUCCCAAGAAUUGCUCUGUGUUUUAUUUUUGGACUAGGAAAUAAAAUUACUGGCUUUUUCUCCUGUGAAGUCCAGCUAUCUAUUAAUGGACAGAAAGCAUCCAAUAGAGUAGAGAGGUUCCUUUCGGUGAUUGGUGAUCUCACAUGGCUAUAUCAUCAAGAUGUAAUGGAUUUCAAUACUUAUUUACUGCAUGAACAAAAUUAUGUUGAAGUUACUUGUGAAAUCAUAGAUGCAAGCAAAGAUGCAGAAGUGACUGUGUACUAUUGUGGAGUUCAUGAGUAUAAGGAUGAUGAGGAUGUCAAGACACAAAAUUUGAUGUUGCACUCAAGUUCAAAUUCUAGUGAUAUCAGGGAAGGUAAUGUUAAUGAUCCCUUGGAUAACACAGGAAGUGAUUGCUGUUCAUUGGCUAGAAAUUUGAGGCUUUAUGAAAUACCAGAUAAACAGUGGAAACGACAUCCAGCUUCAAUAAAUGCUGAAGCGCUUGAAGGUGAUGGAUGCAUGGCAAAGGAAAAUGGAAAAGCUACUGGUAUAAUGUCAGCUGAUGUAGUGCAUCAAAGCAAGGAGUUGCCAUUGUUGCAACUGAAGCAAUAUGAUGAUGUGGUUUGGGAUCCAAUGCUAUUAGAAUGUCAGUUGAAUAGUAUGAAUGAGAAUCCACUCCUCUCUCAUCAUGAUUACCACACAUCAAAAAGCAAAGAAGUUGGACCUAUGAUGGUUAGGGCUCUAGAUUCUCCCAAAGAAAUGAAAGAAAAUGCCUUUGACAAUGUCAAUAAGGAGGGUUUGGUAUCUCAAAAGAAGGUAGGAUUGAAAAUGGAUAAUGUCCUGAAGGAGCCAAAGGAAGAACCUGAGGUUCCCAUUGUUACCAGAAAAAUGGAACAAGAGCUGCAAUAUGAAACCAAGAGCAAUAAGCUUGAUGUGUUUCCAAUGGCACACAAUACAAGUCAAUUUGACUUCAAUGACAAUAUGGAAGAAUUUUAUGCUACCCUCCGUGCUGAGACCUUUGCUCUAUCAUCUUUAACUUCAAGAAAUGGCAGAGAUGAUUUCAAAUUAGCUUAUCCUGAAAUUAGUGAAGAAACUGAGAAAGCUUUGGAAACACUCAAGGAAUUCCUCUCCAAACAAUUUCAUCAACUUUUGUCUUUGGGGUCAUUUUCCUCCAUGAAAGCUGCCUUAGAAAGUCUCUCCACUUUGUCUACAGAUGCUGAUGUCUCUUUGUGUUUAAAAUCUCUUUUACUACAACUUUCAACAGAUUUUGAUCAGUGGAGUUGUGAUUACAUUGAUGCAAGUAUGAAACUUGAGUCAUCAACUGCAGGUCUUUCAAACUUAGAUACAUUGGAAGAUAGUUUGAUAGCUAACAGGAACCAGUUCAGUGAAUUUUCAUCCAUAGAAAUUGAUCUUUGCAGCCAGUUGGUUUAUUUAGAACAAAGAAACAAAGAGCUUGAACAGCAAUUGGAAGCCAUUAAAUACAGUAUCUCCAUCUCUGAAGUGACUAGGGACACUGCCCUUAGUAAGAAAAGAGAAACUUUUGAGGAAGGAAAAAUGUUGAAAGCUCAAAGAGAUCAAUUGAGGAAGCAAAGGCCACGUUUGAGAUCAGAGCAAGAAUCAGCAAAAGCUACCAAAGCAAACAUUGAGGAUGAGUGGUCCAAGAUUAGAGAGAAAUUUGAUGGAAUCUUGAACAUUUUUGGGUCAAAAUAUUGUAACUAGAUACUAAAAUAUACAUACAGUUAAGUUUGCAUUAAAGUUACUUGCUAGACCAGUUUAUGUUCAACAUUCUGAAACAGGUGUAAUUUUAAUUAGU